AUGGAAGAUUUAAAUUUGCAUAUGUAUGUGGAGUCACCAAUGGAGGAUAUCACACUGCUUGAAUUUCAAGAGCUAGCACUUAAUAGGCUGAGAGUUUUAAAGGCUGUCGAACAAGUGAAAGAUCGUUUUCCACGUGAAACAGAAGCGAUAAACAAUGAGUUAGCAAAGCAAUUGAUGAAACUGAUGCCAAUAGCAUGUGGCUGUUGUCCAUUGGAGGAACUGGAAAACGCGAGAAGGCGUGAUAUUAUAUCUCAUUUCAUCCUUCGACUUGCAUUUUGUCAGACUCCUGAACAGACUAAAUGGUUUAUUCAGCAAGAAGUGGACUUGUUUAAAUUUCGUUUCCAACUUGUUUCAAAAAGCUGUGAUGUUGUAACUCAGUUUCUACAAGCUAACAAUUUUGAUGCUGAACUGGUGACAGAUGCUGAAAAAGAAAAUCUGAAAGAAAACCUUUCGAACGCUUGUUUUAUACCGCUUAGCAAGAUUACAGGUACAAAUUUUUGGAAGGUUCCUUUUGAUGAUGCACUUGACCUAGUUCGUAAACGUCGAGUUUUGUUGGUUUUCGGUUAUGCCUUUGUUUCUGAAGAUGAUCUCCAAGUUAUAUUAUGCACAAGACUUCGUCUUAAUAUCGCUGCUGCUAUGGCUCGUGCUUGUAGAAAUAUCGUAUACAUUGAGGAGAAUGACCGAUUAAUGCCAUUUUUGAAGAAACUAUCGAGCAGAUCAUAUGUGGGUAAAAAUUACAUUGGAUUGGAUGCUUCCCGUGUUACACCUGAUAUGGUGGAUUCUCUUGCUGCAUCUUCAUUCCCACUUUGUAUGAGGAAUAUACAUAAUCGAUUGAGGGUAGAUCAUCAUUUGCGUCAUGGAGCUCGAAUGCAGUAUGGAUUGUUUUUAAAAGCGGUUGGUAUGACAUUGGAAGACGCACUGAUUUUCUGGAGAAGUGAAUUCACUAAAAAAAUGGAUUCAGAUAAGUUUGAUAAGCAAUAUGCAUACAAUAUUCGUCAUAAUUAUGGUAAAGAAGGAAAGCAUGCGGAUUAUUCGGCGUAUCCUUGUGCAAAGAUAAUUUUGGAUUUCAGUCCUUCUUCUGCAGACUGCCAUGGUUGCCCUUAUCGACAUAGUGAUUUGCGGUUACUCACUCAAAAUUUGGAAAGUUCGGGUCUUUCCAAGUCUCAAAUUGAGCAUAUUACUUUGUUGUCAAAAAAUAAGCAGUAUGAUAAGGCUUGCACGCGAUAUUUCGAAUUUACCCAUAAAAUGGCUGAGAAUUCUUUGGGUACUGUGAUAACUCAUCCUAAUCAAUAUUUUGAAUUGUCGCGGCAGGUGCACGAUGGAAAACGGAGCAGGGAGGAGGAACCGAAACAUGAGGUCAUGCUGGGCGCACUGCAGGGAGAAACAACGCAACAUGGAAUGGACGUCGACAUUGAAGAUCUGAUCAAAAUGGAGACUUCCGUAAUGAACGAACGACACCACUAUACUUGA